AUCCCUUUGCCUGGAAUGCCUACCCCUUCCACAACCACAACUGUACGAGAGCUCUCUUUGUUGGGGUUUUGUUUUGUUAUCUCAUCCUCAACUUAUUAAGCCUGGCGUUUGUCUUCGUCAUCUUUUUUUAGCAAUUGUGUAUUACCAUCACCAUUUUCGGACGAGUACGAGUUCUUGUAGGUAAGACUAGAUUCUCACCUGUCCGUCUCCCAACCAUGGCUUCUGCGGCAAAUGAAGAAUUUCCAGUCUGGGGACUUCUGCCAAAGAAAGAAACUGGAGCUUACGCUUUUCUAAACAAGUAUCCGGAGUAUGAUGGAAGAGGAACUGUCAUUGCAAUUUUUGAUACAGGUGUUGAUCCUGCUGCCCCAGGACUACAGGUGACUACUGAUGGAAAACCAAAAUUGAUUGAAAGGUAUGAUUGUUCAGGUGCUGGAGACGUAGAUACAACAACAAUUGUCACCCCUGUAAAUGGAGAAAUCACUGGACUUACAGGAAGAACUUUGAAGAUUCCAGAAUCAUGGAAGAAUGUAAACGAAGGGUUUCGCAUCGGUGUAAAAAGAGGCUUCGAGCUGUAUCCAAAAUUUUUGAGAGAUAGGAUCAUAAAGCAGAGGAAAGAAAAGCUGUGGGACCCUUAUCAGAAGCAAGCAGUUGCUGAGAGCAAUAAACAUCUCUCUCAAGUCCAGGCAAAGGAAUGCAGCGACAGCAAAAAGCAAGACCCUGCUCAAUUGUUGAUCAAAGAGGAAGCUACAGCCCGUGUGGAUAUUUUAAAUCAAUUUGAAAAGCAGUAUACUGAUUGCGGUCCUACGUAUGACUGCGUUCUGUUUCAUAACGGCAAGCAUUGGUGUGCAUGCAUUGACACCUCAGAAAAAGGUGAUUUAGCAUCAUGCAAGCUCCUGGGUGAAUAUUCAGUAACCCGCGAUUACACCAUUCUUUCGCCUGAAGACCAAAUGACUGUGUCAAUAAACGUUCAUGAUAAUGGGGAUGUUCUUGAAUUAGUAUCUGUUUGUGGAUCUCAUGGAACUCAUGUAGCUGCAAUUGCUGCGGCUAAUUUUCCUGAUGAUCCCGAAAAGAAUGGUGUUGCCCCUGGUGCACAGUUAGUUUCGUUAACAAUUGGUGAUAGUCGGUUAGAUUCUUUAGAAACAGGCACCGCCAUCAUUCGGUCCAUCAUCCAGUUGAUGAGGUGGUGUGAAAAAGGCCUCAAAAUUCAUGUUAUCAACAUGAGCUAUGGUGAACACGCCCAUUGGUCUAACUCAGGGCGGGUUGGUGAACUCAUGUCAGAGGCAAUAGAUAAGUAUGGUAUAGUUUUUGUGGCUGCUGCUGGAAAUAAUGGUCCAGCUUUGUGCACCCUUGGCACUCCACCAGAUAUCGCCACCGACAACAUCAUAGGUGUCGGAGCGUAUGUCUCUCCUGAAAUGAUGGCUGCCGAGUACAGCCUGAGGAGGGUGAUGCCUGGAACACCAUACACGUGGACUUCCCGUGCCCCAACUUUGGAUGGCGGGAAGGGAAUAACAGUCUGUGCGCCAGGAGGUGCUAUCACUUCUGUCCCGAAGUGUACGCUCAAAGGAUCUCAGCUGAUGAAUGGAACAAGCAUGGCCUCGCCAAACUGUGCUGGCUGCGUGGCUGUCAUCCUGUCUGGAAUUAUACAGAAAAAGCUUCUGUACAACCCCUUUCAAGUAAAAAGGGCCCUAGAAAACACAGCCCAGUUUUUGAGCGACAAGGACCCUUUUGCCCAAGGAUCUGGUUUAGUACAGGUUGAAAAAGCAUUUGACUACCUCAACAAUUAUCAAGAUGUACCUGAGCGAGAUGUGAGGUUUCGAGUCACAUGUGGGGCAAAUAAUGCCAAAGGAAUCAUCCUCCGAUAUGGUAUUUUAAAAGACCCAGUUGACUAUCUGGUAACGGUAGAGCCAAUUUUCUUCAAUACUGAUAAAAUAGAUCCAGAAAAAAAGCUUCAGUUUCAAAUAAGUCUGAAUUUAGUCUGUGAUGUCCCUUGGAUUAGUUGUUCACGUCAUUUGGAAAUUAUGAACUGUGCACGGCCUUUGUCAGUUAGAAUUGAUCCCUCCGGACUACAACCAGGAGUGCAUAAUACAAGGAUUCGUGCCUAUGAUUGUAAAAACCCUGAAAGAGGACCUGUAUUCACUGUUGAAGUGACAGUGUUUCAGCCUAUUACAUUCCCUCUGGGACCUACGAAACAGUAUCUACUAGAAUCUAACAACUGUGACUUUAAACAGCAUGAAAUCAAACGAUUUUUCAUCCUGACCCCAGAUACUGCAACUUGGGCAGUCAUGCAACUUAGAGGUGUAGAUAAGGACAAGUCAUCGAAGUUCAUGAUUCAUUGUGUGCAGACGCAGCCUAAAAAAUCUUGUAAAGUUCUUGAAUUCCACAAAAUGACUCAAAUCACAGCAGACUCUGACCAACAGUUGCCUUUCAAAGUUCAGGGUGGUAUUGUGCUGGAGAUAGCAAUAGCUAAAUUCUGGUCGGAAGAAGGGAAUUUUUCAUUGAACUUCUCAGUUCAGUUCUUUGGUGCAAGACCAAACCAAUCCUCAAUCACAAUGCACCAUGCUGAUGGUAUCCAUUCGGUUAUGGUACAGUCAAACGUCCGAGAGGACAUUGCACCCUCUGUCAAGCUAAACCACAAUGUUUCAGUUCUACGGCCAACUUCAGCUAAAGUGACACCACUCCUCUCAGAUAGAGAUACCAUACCUGAAAAAAGAGUGAUCUACCAGCUCAUGCUCAAUUAUUCGUUCCAUGUUCAUAAAGGGACCAAAGUUGUACUGAUUAAUGGUCUAUUGAGUGAUGCCUUGUAUGAAUCAGACUUCGAAUCACAGAUAUGGUUUAUUUACGACUCCAACAAACAACUUGUGUACACUGGUGGCUCCUAUGCUGACAGGUGGGUGACGAAGUUAGAAAAAGGUGACUAUACCGUGAAGCAUCAAAUAAGACACGAGAAGGUUGACUUGCUAGAGAAGUAUGUGGAUUUGCCGUUAUUUUGCUCUCAGAAGUUGCCCAACUCAAUAAGUCUGGAUGUCUACAGCUCAAAAUCCGCAGCAACCACUGGUGAAAGUAAACUAACCUCUGCUAUCAUUCACGGAGGAAAAAGUCCCUUCAAUGUUUAUUUUGCUGCACUCCCCAAUGAUAAAUUGAUCAAAAGUAUCACACCAGGACAGUUUUUGAGUGGAAAUAUUUCAUUUUCUAAAGAUGAAACUGGAAAGAAAGUAGACGUUUAUCCGUUUAAGUAUAUUUUAACUGAACCUGUGAAAAAAAACAACUCCAAAUCAGGAGAAAAAGAAAAACUCAAACUGGAUGAGUUUACGGAAGCCAAAAAGGAUUUUAUCACCAGUUGGAUUUCAAAAUUAGAUGGCUUAACUGAUGCAGAAACGGUGUUCAAUGAAGUAAUCAAUGAAUAUCCAGAUCACUUGCCUGCACAAUUAGCUUUGCUGCAAAAGUUAGAGCCAGACACAGCUUCUCUCAAUCUGAGUGGUAAUUGCACCCUGUCAACUAUCAGCCGGGUACUAAAAAUAACAGAGUUGAUCAUGGGGAAAAUCAACCAGACUGAAUUACUAGCGUUUUUGGGCAUGAAACACGAUCUGAGUGGAGACGCCCCCUCAGUUAAAAGCCAAAUGGAAAAAAAUCGUAAUAUCUUAGUCGAAGCUAUUGGUCGCCGCGGAGUCGCCAUGUGCCGAUAUUACCUUGAAUUUGAAGGCAAAGGAACAUCUGAUCCGGAAUUUGAAAGUUUGGGGAGUGCAUGUUCGCUAAAUAACAUUAAUGAUCUCUGGUGCUUUAUUUUGAAAUUUGUUGAUGCUUCGGAUCCAAAGGGGACUCAUCAUUUUGCACUGUGGCAUGCUGCUGUGCACAAGAAUUACGGACGGCUGUUGAAACUGCUAGUCAAAUUGAAUGAUGACAAACCUAACAAAACGAUCGAAGAAAGCAUGCAAUGGACUGCAGACAAAGCCGGCUGGACGCACAUUAGCAACUAUUUGAAAACGUCCCUUCCCUCUCGCUACCCCAAUGCUUUCAGAAUUUGUUAGCUGUAGUUUUUUAUCCCCAGUCAAUCGUAACCUUAGGAGGGACUGGAAUAUAUUGUGUUACUCUGCAUUUUCCAACACCUAUUUUCUUAUGCUGUGCUGUGACUUCAUGCGGUAAAAAAUCCUCCUACUUUUACCACCAGUAUUUUGCCCUUAUUGUGAAACUCUGAAUUAAAAAGUCUCAGGUCAUAACUUACUUGCGUAUCGAGGGCAUUUUUCUGCUCUGAAAAAGAGUUUCAAAAAAAUUCAAGCAUGAAUCUUUAGCAAUGAGUGAGUACAAAUUCAGUGCUGGCUUUUUUCUAAUUUUUUUUUACAUUUUAUUAAAUUUUCUACACUAUUGUUGGUUAACUGGAAUCAACCCUAUUUUCUAUUUUUUUUUUUGUAUGUGUAAUUUUUUUUUAAAUAAACUAACUAAUUCUUUUCAGUUUCA